CACCACCAGUCCAUGUUCCUGUUCUCUGCUUGCCAGCGCGCAUCUCCUCCACCAGCUUCACCUGCGUCUUGCCCGCGCUUCUGAUCCAGCCCCAAGCUGCCAUUGCGCGCGACACCCGCCUCGAUUCUUACGUCAUCAACACUGUAUCAUGUCUGACGGCAUUGCUCCAGCUGUUGACAAAGUCGGUCCGCCCGUGUCGACAGCUCCCGAAGCUCAAGCUGGAGCUCCGACUGUGGACAUGGACCCGGACACUGCCAAACCAGAAGCCUCUGUGAAUCUCCCAACUGCUCUUGAAAAGCCCAAAGAGCCUCCCAUCAUCGCUGAAACCAAGGCUCCCGAGGAGGCAAAGCCGACAGAGGAGCCCCUCAAGAUCAGUGAGGCCUUCAAGCUAGUCCAUAAAAUCCCACGGCCCGUCGAAGUCCAAUCCGUCCCCGAGACUCCCGUCAACCUGGCGACUCCUGUAAAUGGGUCACCACGGCCGGAGCUGAACAUUCCCAUUGAGCCAGAAGAGCCUGAGAAGCCACAGGAAGACCCCGUCAUCAUCACCGAGGUCGAGGAGCCGCUGCCAACUCCUACGGCUUCCGCUCCUGGUAGUGACGUUGGGCCCGACUCCAUUGUUGACAAGCCCGUGACUCCUAAUGGCGAAUCAAAGCCCGCUGAGUUAAUGGCGGGUGCUCUUCAGACCAGCACCGCAGACGCCAAGUCCGAGACGUCGGAAACGGCCACUGGCGAGAAGCGCAAGGCCGAUGCUGCCGCUGCGACCGCGACUGACGAGCCAGCAGCCGAAAAAGAAGACUCUGAAGAGAGCGAGCCCGCAGACAAAAAGGCCAAAAUUGACAAUGGCAAAACGACCAACGGCGGAGCUCGGAAGCCGGGCCGCCCCAAGAAGGACAAGAAGGCUGCUCCAGUCGUUGGCAAAACCUUGCGCAAGACUCGGAGUCAGGGACCUGUGGAGAUUUAA